AUGUUUUACGCCGUGAACAUUCUAGCAAGCAAGGGAAAACUGUCAGCUGCCUGGGUAGCAGCGUACUUUGACAGGCGCCUAACAAAGUCCGACAUCCAGCAGGUCAAUAUAGAGGAGACUGUGAAGUCCAUAGAAACGGGGGAAAUUCCCGAAUUAGCACUGAGAACUUCGAGCCACAUUUUGCUCGGACUCUCCAAAAUCCUCUUCAGAAAGACGAAGCUGCUUUACGACGAGUGCAAAGAGCUCUUCAUAAGCGUCAAGAGAAAGCCCUCCCCAGAAGGUGCAGUCUCCCAAAAAGUCAGCAGAGCCCAAAUAACUUUCCCCAUCGACCUUUUCAAGCACAUGAAGUUGCCCGCAGAGCAGGAAGAUGCGGAUUUGGGGGAGGCCGACAUAGAAGUGGGCCGAGGAGUAUCGGAGGGAAUGCUCAGCAACUUGGAGUACUCGAUGAGUCUUAACGACAUUUCUCUCUCUCUUGCGAGAACCCUUGAAGAGGCAGAAAGCACUGAAAACAGCCAAAAUUCGCUCAUUUUGGGCAGAGAAAUCGCGCAGGAAGAAGCUGCAAGCGGGGAGGACGGGGAUUUCUCGGCGCUUUCUGCGAUCACGCUUUGCGAGGCCUCGGAAAUUGCGGAUACCCUGCUCCAAAGCCCCGUAAAACCCCAGAAAAGAGCGAGCCCAGAGGAGGGAAAGCCUGCGAAAAAGCCCCGCCUGGAGGAGAAAACGGAAAUAGAAGAGAAGCACCUGAAGGCCCCGAGAAAGCUCCUCGCACGGGAGGAGCACCGGAAAAUGGUGAUUCCUGCAGCUUUGAAGGGGAUUUACAAAAUGCUCCAGGAAAUGCCUUUGCCCGCACAGGGAGCAGAUGAAAAUACGUUUUCGGGGGAUAAAGCUGCACAAAGCACCGCCUCAAACAGUUUUCACGAGAUGAGCCAGAUACUUUUUGGAAGCACGCUGGAAGUACCCUCGCAGGAACUUGCAGAUUUGUCCGUUGAAGCCCCGAGAGGAGUCUGCGCCCUUGCCCCCGUGGGGGAGGAAAUUUCCUUCCUCCAGGACCCGGCAGGAGCCUCUUUCGAGGCACUUUCCGAGGAUUUGCCCUCCCUCGAGAGUAUUGCGGGGGAUAUGCUCUCAGAAAGCGCGAGGAAAAAGGCCGAGGCUUUUGUCCGGCUUCUUCGGAGGGUUUCCGACGGAACAGCAUCAGCCUCGCAGGAGUCCGCAUACGGGGCUAUUGCCGUUUGCGCAGUAUAG